CAAUCGGCAUAUAUUCUUCUCCCCGCCAUGAUCUACAUUCUACAGGAUUCAUCUCUAUUUCCCUCCAUCUACAGCUACAACACAAUCACCAGCGUUCUCCCCUUUCAACUCCAUAAACCCUAGAAUUUGAAUCUACCGUAGAGAGUCCUCACAAUUUCACAGGCCCUGAACAAACCUAAAUUUAGCUCUACCUAUAUUUCUCGGCUUCUCUAGGGCUCUUCCGUUGAUUCGCUUACUUAAUUUCGGUCAUCAGAAAGGAGGGGUAAAAUGUCGAUGGAUCUGAUACUGAAGCCAACGUGUAGUGGAUGUGGAUCGCCGACGGAUUUGUACGGAAGUAAUUGCAAGCACCUGACUUUGUGCUUGACAUGUGGGAAGAAAAAGGCUGAGAGCCGCGCCACAUGCCCUGAGUGUGGCGCCACUGUUACCCGUUUAAUAAGAGAAUAUAAUGUUCGAGCCAGUACCAGCAAUGACAAGAACUACUUUAUUGGUAGAUUUGUGACUGGCUUGCCCAGCUUUUCAAAAAAGAAAAACGCUGAAAACAGAUGGUCUCUCCAAAAAGAUGGAUUGCAGGGACGCCAGCUUACUGAUACCUUGCGGGAGAAGUACAAGAAUAAACCUUGGCUUUUGGAGGAUGAAACAGGGCAAUUUCAAUUCCAGGGUCAUCUUGAAGGUGCACAAUCAGCAACUUACUACCUGCUGAUGUUGCAGGGGAAAGAGUUUUCUGCUAUUCCUGCUGGCUCUUGGUACAAUUUUAACAAGGUUGCACAGUAUAAGCAACUUACUCUGGAGGAAGCAGAAGAGAAGAUGAAAAAUAGGAAAAAGACUGCUGAUGGCUAUCAAAGAUGGAUGAUGAAAGCAGCAAACAAUGGACCUGCCGCAUUUGGUGAAGUGGAUAAGUUUGACGACAAGGAAAGUGGUGCGGCUGGUGGGAGGGGGCGAAAGAAAACUUCAGGUGAUGAGGGUGAAGGAAAUGUCUCAGACAAAGGAGAUGAGGAUGAAGAAGAGGAAGCAGCCAGGAAGAAUAGGCUUGGUUUGAAUAAAAGAGCUGGCGAGGAUGAUGAUGAUGAAGGUCAAAGGGGAGGUGAUCUUGAUUUGGAUGAUGAUGAUGUAGAGAAAGGUGAUGAUUGGGAGCAUGAAGAAAUUUUCACCGAUGAUGAUGAAGCAGUUGGUAAUGAUCCAGAGGAAAGGGAGGAUCUGGCACCUGAAGUUCCAGCUCCCCCAGAAAUUAAGCAGGAUGAAGAUGAUGAGGAUGAUGAUAAUGAAGAAGAGGGUGGACUAAGUAAAUCAGGGAAAGAGUUGAAGAAGCUGCUAGGGCGGACUAGUGGCCUGAAUGAUUCGGAUGCAGAUGAUGAUGACGAUGAUGAGGAUAUGGACGAUGACAUUAAUGUCUCACCUACGGUGGCUACAAAGCAGAAGGAUGGACCUAAAGAAGAACCUGCUGAGAUUAGUCCCGUAAAAUCAACACCUUCUGCCUCCGCUAAAGGAGCCCCAUCAAACUCUAAGUCUGCCAAAGGAAAGAGAAAACUAAAUGGUGAUGAUGCCAAACCAUCUAACGGUGCACCCCCAAAGAAGGUGAAGACAGAAAAUGAACAAAAAUCUUCUGAACCUGCAGCUGCUUCUAAAAGUAAUGUGCCUUCAAAAGGCGCACCGGCAGUCUCUAAAGCCAGUGGAUCAUCUUCUGCCGGACCUGUUACUGAAGAAGAAAUUAGGGCUGUUUUAGUGCAGAAAACACCAGUGACAACUCAGGAUCUUGUUGCCAAAUUCAAAGCGAGACUCAAAUCUCCUGAGGAUAAAAGUGCUUUUGCGGAAAUUCUUAGGAGAAUUUCUAAGAUACAAAAGACCAAUGGAUCUAAUUUCGUUGUGCUGAGGGAGAAGUGAUGAACUUUUUUCUCCACAUUUAUCAUAGGGGUGAUCACCGAUAACACAGUGUCUUGAAGAAAUAGUACUCGUGCACAUUUCAAAUUUGCCUAUUUGUCUCCCUUUCCAUCAGUACUGUAUAACUUCAAAACUACCAUUUUACGUGUAAGUCAAAAGUCCUGCCGAGAAUAAAUAACAACACAUAUUUAGAUAUUACAUCAUGAUUAUUGUUGUUUUUGCAAA